AAAGGGGGAGCUGAGUUACACAAGCAUAAGACACAGGAGAGGACCCAGCGGGACUGCGCGCUCGGCCCCCACUCCCUGGCCCGCUGGGCGCGGUGCGAGGCUGGACCGGCCCGGAGACGCUCAGCUGGCCCGGGCCCGGCCGUGUCCCCCUGGCCACCCAGCAGCCGCGGCGCGCCCGGGACUCACUCGACCUGCAGCGUGGUGGGCUUAAUCUUCACCUCCACCUUGUAGGAGGAGCCGGAUCUUGCUCAUGUUGCUAAGCUGCCCAUGCUAGCCUCGAACUUGUGACCCCCUGCCUUAGCCUCUCAGAGUGAUAGGAUUACAGAAUCAUUCAUCUCUCCAAGGAUCUUGAGUUCCUCUUACUGAAAAUUAUGUUCUGAGAGCCAAGACAGCUUUUUGCUACUAGAAUGUCACAACAGGUCCUUUCAGCAAAGCAUGGGCUGUGUGACUCUGCAGUUCCUUAUUCUGGUCUGCCACCCCACUGAGGGGAAGAGGAUGUGAUCAUGAGAUCGCUCGCAGAAGGGAAAUUGUGAAAGACGCCUCGCUGUAAAAAGGGCAGCCCACAACCUGAGCUGUCGGAGGGCGAGCUGAGAGGACUCCUCUGCGAGCGGGCCUGUCGGUCUUCCCAUCAGACAUGGAGCCGAAGAGGAUCAGGGAGGGCUACCUCGUGAAGAAGGGGAAUGUGUUUAACACCUGGAAACCUAUGUGGGUGGUACUGUUAGAAGAUGGAAUUGAAUUCUAUAAAAAGAAAAGUGAUAACAGCCCCAAAGGAAUGAUCCCCCUGAAAGGAAGCGUGGUGACUAGCCCAUGUCAGGACUUCAACAAAAAGAUGUUCGUAUUUAAGAUCACCAGCACCAAACAGCAGGACCAGUACUUCCAGGCCGCCUACCUGGAAGAGAGAGAUGCUUGGGUUCGGGACGUCAAGAAGGCCAUCAAGUGCAUUGAAGGAGGUCAGAAGUUUUCAAGGAAAUCCACGAGGAGGUCCAUUCGUCUGCCAGAAACUGUUGAUUUAGGUGCCUUGUAUUUGUCCAUGAAAGACACUGAAAAAGGAGUGAAAGAAUUGAACAUAGAGAAGGACAAGAAGAUUUUUAAUCACUGCUUCACAGGUAGCUGUGUUGUCGACUGGUUGGUAUCCAACAACUCGGUUCGGAAUCGCCAGGAAGGCCUCAUGAUUGCCUCUUCGCUGCUCAGUGAAGGGUACUUGCAUCCUGCUGGGGAUCUGUCCAAGAAUGCAGCAGAUGGAAUUGCUGAGAACCCUUUCCUGGACAACCCUGAUGCCUUCUACUACUUUCCAGACAGCGGGUUCUUCUGUGAAGAGAAUUCCAGUGAUGAUGACGUGAUUCUGAAAGAAGAAUUCAGGGGGCUUAUUAUCAAGCAGGGAUGUUUGUUGAAGCAGGGGCAUAGGAGGAAAAACUGGAAAGUGAGAAAGUUCAUUCUGAGAGAAGACCCUGCCUAUUUACAUUACUACGACCCUGCAGGGGGAGAAGACCCCCUGGGAGCAGUUCACUUGCGAGGGUGUGUGGUGACCUCAGUGGAGAGCAGCCCAGAGGGCAAGAAGAGUGAUGAAGAGAACCUUUUCGAGAUCAUUACGGCUGAUGAAGUUCAUUACUUCUUGCAAGCUGCUACCCCUAAGGAGCGUACUGAGUGGAUCAAAGCCAUCCAGGUGGCCUCACGGACUGGGAAGUGAGGACAAACCUGCAGGUCCUCAUCCCCUCCUCAAGGAAGCUCAUGGAUAAGCUCAGUCCAGGACCUGUCCACUUCUGCGAUGAUUUGUCCUGGGGCCCAGGGUGGGAAGUUUUGCCUGCAUGUAGCUAAUCACGCAGAGCACAGUGUCCAUGUGCACGGCCUUGCUCAAUGCAACCUUUCUGACUCUUUGUGCCCCCAAACCUUGAAACAAGUUGUGUGAUCCACAUAGGCUGCUUAGCCUUUUCAGGACUUGAGGCCUCUUUUGGAAAGUGAAGGAGGUCCUGCUUAGCUGAACACCAAAGUACUCUAGGACCCUAAUAUCCAUGCAAGUGAAAGUGUUUCUCAUUGUCCUGCUUUGUCUAAGUCUUGGCCCUCAGAUGACCUCAGAUGUGCCACAGCCUAGACAGUGCCUCCCUUGGAGCUGUUGCCAGUCUAUACCAGGAGCCCUGCAUACGAGCCUCUUCUGUUCUGUUUGGUUGCAUUGUUUCUGGCCUGGGCUCACACAGCGGAAUGGAGGGGGCACAGUCUUUCUAAUCCACUCUCCUGCACAGACACUUCCUGAGAGCAGGGGUGGUUUCCAGCGUUAUACCUUCCAUUGCUUUUCACUUUGGAAAGAAUGACCUCAGAGAGCCAGGAGUAGCUGAAGGUUACUUAUAGGCCUUGAAGCAGCCCAAAGCCCAGAGUUAAAUGAUUGGCUUAUAAGUUUUCUUUCCUUUUUUUGGUACUGGGGAUUGAACUCACCACCUUGCUCUUGCCAGGCAGGUGCUUUGCUGCUGAGCCAUGUCCCUGGCCAGGAUAGGCUUGUAAGUACCAAUGCUGGAUGGACUCAGAUCUACAGAGAGCUUUGAGGUGAUAAAUGUUGAUAGUGUCACAAUGAAUGCUGCAGGUCACGAUCCUGUGCUUCUAUCUGAGUUUAAAGCACAGAUAGUAGCAGCUCUCAUUCAGCUUCAGGCCUCAGAAUUAGAGAAACCUGUCCUAGAUUAAAAUUGGAAACACACAAUUUUCCACCCAGCCACUAACUAAUCAUGUCUCACAAAAUUAAGAAUGACAGUCCCUGUAAAGUCAAGAGCAUGCAUGAAGGUAUAAUUUUUCCAACUCUAGAUUUUUAAUUUUAUGGCACCAUUAAAAGGCAAGCAGAAUUUUCUCCCUGGUUUUACCAGUUCCUCUCCUGCCCUUCCUGAUCUCCCUUGCACCACUCCUGAACUUGUCUCUAGUCCCAGCUUAUUCUGUCAAUGGCUAAGGUAUUCUCUGAUGGUUGAGCACAUUGGCUUUAUGGCAUAUGCACAAUAUUUUGUCUAUACUCAAUGUAAAAUAUUUAUUAAUAUGGAGCCAGUCUUGUGUUUUGAAAUAAAUAUGACUUAGUUUA